AUGAACCAGACUAUUUCCACUAAAUGUAAGCCUGUUCACGAAUAUGGCUCAAUAGAACGCAUCGGCUCGAUUUACUCCCACUACGGUGUCGACACAUCGAAUUACAACGCACUUUUAUCAAUAGCCAACGGCAUUGUUGUGAUGGCUUCUGGGAAGUUCGUUGUCUUUAUUAACUUUAUUAGCAAGAAAAUCGAGUACGUAGUUGGUCCCGACGAUGGUGCGGUGGGCGUAGUAGGAGUUCACCCAGCGCGUACACAUUACAUAGUCGGUGAACGGCGCCCGGAAAACCCACGGCUGCUUGCGUACGAGUGGCCGUCUAGGAAACACGUGUUUUCCUUUGAAGGUGGCUGCUUAAAGGGCUAUGCUGCCUGUGCGUUUAAUAAGGCUGGUACUCGCAUUGCCACAGUAGGGAGCUCUCCCGACUACACGCUUUCGAUAUGGGACUGGUCUCAGCAGUCGAUGAUCCUGCGAAGCAAGUGCUUCGGGGCUGAGGUUGAUACCGUUCGAUUUAGCCCCUUUGACGAUGCACUUUUGGUGACGGGCGGCUCAGGCCAUAUCAAGUUCUGGACUAUGGCCCACUCCUUCACGGGGCUGAAGCUGCAAGGGACGCUAGGGAAGUUUGGAUCUCUGGAGAUAUCAAGUAUCACAGGGUUUGAGGUAUUUCGCGAUGGCAAGGUUCUGUCCGGUUCCGAAAGUGGGUGUCUUCUUAUAUGGGAGGGAGAUCUCGUACGGUGCUGCUUCGUCGGUGCAUUAUAUCAGACUUCUUUAGACUUAAUGUCUGUGCAAGUUCAAUAUGAUUGGGAGCCAUGCCAUAGCGGACCAAUCACGGUGAUUGAAUUGAUACAUGAUGGGGCCAUUGCGAUGAGUGCAGGUGAGGAUGGCGCUAUGCGGUAUUGGAAUUGCCAAGAGCUAGAGCGAGCCGAAGGGGAGGGUGGACAGCCACCGUUAUACGCCCCUGCGUGUUUGCUUGAGGUCUGUAUCUCUCCUACAAGCAGGAUUCGCUCUGUCACCCAUUGCACCUCCCGAAACGAGUGGGUUGUCCUGGAUACCCAGGGUACUAUCUGGACAACGCCUUUUCCAUCGCUGGCGGAGAUCUAUUCUGGAAGCCUUCAGGUACGGGACUCUAGCUCAGCCUCCGUUCCCUCUUCGAUUAUCUCGCGCCGACUAAAUCUCAACGGAGGAGCCUUCAGAUGCUGUGCGCUAUCGCCUAGAGCACACGUGGUGGUCACCGGUGGCGAUGAUGGAGCUGUUCGCUUGCUUGAUUAUGUCAAAGGAGAGGAGGUGUAUCACAGUGUAUGGCCGUCCACAGAGCCGACUCCUAGCUCUGUAGUAGCGUUGUAUUUUUUCCAUUCCAAUCCCAACGAUUCUGUCAUUGCGUGUGGCUUCAGCGACGGCACACUCCGUCUGCUUCGCCUCCUCAAGGAUGGCUUUCUUGAACUCGGGACGUGGCGUCCCCAUACCGGUGGCCUCUUUGCCAUGGCCUUAGAUCACAGUGAGCGGCAGUUGUGUACUGCAUCUCGAACUGAUGGCACGAUAUUCUUUUUUAAAGUUUCUGAGGGCUAUGACGCACUUGAAGCGUGUGGGUUCUGUCGGUUGCCACUUCCAAAUCCAGUUUGCCUCGAAUGGGAUGCGGCAGAAGGUGACGGAUGUCUUGUUGGUUACGAGACAGGGGAGGUGCUCGCGAUCCACGCGCCACGGCUUGGUGAAGUAGAUAACAGCAAAUCAUUUGAAUUUCCUUGUAGCUACGCCUUACUGGGGAUCCGCCAGCGCAGGCUUCCCCCGCAGCGACUGGAUAACGAGGAGGCUGAGGAGGAGGAAGAUCUAUUGGCUGAAAGGGAUGAUGGGCCGUGGCCAGUCAGUUUUAUAAGAUGCCUUGCUAGCGGCGGCCUCGUUAUUGGCAUGCAUAAGGAAGAGCUCGUUUACCGUUAUCAAGGCUCUGUGCGUUACCCUGGGAGAUGUGCUCUUCCUCCGUUACCACCGACAGGCGUGGAGCCGCCAGAUUAUGUCGAAGACCCAGGUGACAACCUGUGCUACCGUGACUGUGUACCCCACUCAGCCUUCGUGGGAAGCGGUCCCCAGGUCGGGAAGCUACUUGUGGUGUGCGAGCAGGCAAUCGUCUUGAUGUUCGAAUGCGACAAGCCGGAUGCGCGUCCGAUGCUGAUCGGCCAAUCCCACGACAGCACAAAGGGCCAUAUCACGUCCGUCGGUGUGUCCUAUGACGGUUCGAUGGUCAUUACGACUGGUACAGAUAUGCUGAUGGUGGCUCAACUCCUUAAAGAUAAGACGGUGCUGCAUUCGAAUGUCAAUAUGGCCUUCUCAAAAGUUCAGACGAUCUCCCCAGUGCCUCUCAUACCGGAUGUCAAAGGCGAUGCAGAAAGCAAAGAGGUGCGUCUUUCGCCUCCCCAGGACCUGCCGAUCCCCCAUCCGGCUGCCUCGCAUUUCCUUCUCUCGAUUCAGGAACAGAAGGAGGCUGAAGACAGGGCCAAGGAGGAGGCUGAGAGGAAACAAGAGUUUGAUAAAUUUUACAGCAAAGUGUCCGCUUUAAACGAACGAUACACUCGCGUUCUAGCCAUGAACAGUAAACUGUCUGAAGAAUUCCAGCUCGACGACACAGAACUGGAGCUCGACGCGCGGCUCACGCAAAAACUGGAGGAAGAAAUGCAACGACGUAUCGAGAAGGCUCGCGAGGAGUGGGCACUAAAGUCCGCUAGGGAGGAGGUACGCACCAAGAAAAUGAGGAACCGCUUUUUGGAUAACCUGCUUUGGGAUCGUUUUUGCGUGCAUGCGUUUUCCAGGGAAUUCUCGGUGGCCUCCUUUCGAACAGCAAACCCUGCUCUGAUGAUCAAACAAAUGCAGCAGGAUAUUGACGCUGCAAACGAGGAAGAUCGCGAGGAUGAGAAUGAGGGCCGUGACACCGUUGAAGCAGAUGGAGUGGAGGACGGCGCUUUUGAGACUGACGGCGCCGGAAAUCCUACAGGCGAAGUGGACGCCCAACGCAUAAUAUUUAAGCACAGUUCCUCCGGUAAGAGACCUGCAGACCAAUUCAGUGAUAUCCACCUAAAAAGUACCGUGGUGCAGCAGCUUCAAAAGGCUGGGGAACGUCGGCGUGCCAGGGAGGAAAGGCGCAUCGGCUAUGAGCGGCUCUUAAAAGAGGCACCGGACCCGAAGAAGGCGGAGAUCGAGCUGGCGGAGCUGCGAAAAAUCGAUUUUGAGCAACGCGGCGAGUGCGUCCUCCGUACUGAUCUCAAUUACAAAGGUGACGACUUGUGUUACCCAACGUCGAGCGGGAAGCUAAAGCACAUUAUUCGUUUUCAGGGGCUUUUGGUCAAUAAACGCUCUGAAUUUAAUGAAGAAUUGAAGCGUGUUCGAGAGGAAAAGCGCGGAUGCCUUAGGCAUAUCAACGCUCUACGGUUCAGAAUUGGGGUCAUUAACAAGGAAUUAAAGGACAAUAGUGUCGAUUCAGCCGUCGUACAACUCUUGGACGAAGAGGAGCCAGAGCGUAUCUUCGAGAUGACUCGGGAGGAUCUGGAUGCGUUUUUGGUGCGGAAGAAUUUAGAAAGGCAGAGACAAGAGCAGGCCAAAAAGGCACAGCGUGGCUUUGGUGCAGACCUCGCUGGAAUUCAACAUGACGAGUCAAAAAUGGGCAGCUAUUCUGGCGUUAUGGAUCGCCGGCAGACCCGGUAUAGGGGGAGCCGCAGGUUUUCCAGGAUGGAACGUACGAUGCGACAUAGCACUUUUAGUUUGGCUACUGUAAAUCGUGAGCGGCUGGACAUGGAGCUCAAGGCGAAAAUCGAAAAUAUCAAGUUGAGUGAACUAGAAAUUGAAGAGCUGACACUACACAAGGAGCAAUUAUUGACGGAGCGGCGCCGUCUUGCGGCACAAUGCCAGCGCCUUAUGAGUGACUUUGAUACGUCGCUCUGCAAAUUGUUUCGUAAGCGCGUAGACUUAGACGCAGACUUCUGUCUCGCCGAUGCACACAUUCUUUUGCUAUUUAACGAAUACGAAAUGUUGCUUACGUACCGCGCACGCGACAGCGCCCUACGUAGUCAGCGAACAGCAGCCAGGAAGAGCCGCGACGCGCUGCAGAAGGAGGUUCAACAAAUUAAGGGCAAUACCAAGGAUGUGGAAAAUAGUAUAGCAAAGAAGCAAGAUUCGUUCAAGGCGUUUAGACAAGAGGUCGAAGCGUUUAUCCAGGAAUCUUUCCCAAGUGACAAGGUUCCUUACGUGCUGAAAGUGUUCAACCGCACCUUGAAGCGUCGUAAAAAGGCGGAUGAAGAUAUCAUCGAUGAUGAUGUGACCAGCGACGACGACGACGACGACGACACGGACGAUGAUGAUGAAAUCAAGGAAGAGGCCUGUCCCGCCCACUGUGACGUUGAGCACUGGGAGAAGGUUCUUCGACUACGCGAGAGGCGUCAAGACCUUUUGAAUGACAUCUCGGAGAUGAAGCUGAAGCUGGAAGAAUUGAAAAAGAGUCUUGAGAGAAGUGAAGCCGUUAUUAGGGAACGCACCCAAGAAAUCAAAGCAUGCCAAAAGCAAAAGGAGGAUCUGGAGGAUGAGAAGCGGCGGGACCUUAAUCUCCUUGACACCGUAGUUCCUCUUUAUUGCAGCCAGGUGCUGUGUUUAGAUGAGAACCUGCAGCUGCCCAGUGAUUUGCCGAGCCAGCCGGUGCUAGUGGUUGCCGAAGAGGUGCUACAGCGGCUACAGACCCGUAUUUCAGAAUUGGAUGAACAAAAAGCGAAGCGCCGCCAAAUGAUCUUAGAUAUGUCUGUCGAACUGAGUAGAAUACAGGAGAUCAUGUCAAAAUCACUCAAAAUGUAUGAGGAAUGGAAAAAUAGAGUGAGUGAGGUGAUGAUGCUCAAGUUUGGUCGGCACGUAGACCUGGGGAUGCUUGAAUCGUGUGGCACGAGUCAACGCAUAGAAUCCAUGAAGGAGGAGUUGCGACGCGUAGAGCUGAAGUGGGCGCGCGAAGUGCGUCAGCGGGAGAACGAAAUAUACGCCUUACGAAGGCAGUUGCAGGGUGAGGUGCUCCAUAAUACGCAUUUGCUCCAGGAUAUUGGUGAUUAUGAAAGCGAUCGACAGGCUAUUGAGCGAGCCUUGAUACGAAACACCUCGAAGACUGAAAAGCGGUUUGUCGGGUCACUGAUCGCGACGCAAAGGGAACGAGAGGACUUGAGCAUGCUCAUUAUUUCUCAGAAAGAGGAGAUUGCGGCAUUGAGUGCAGAGAUUGCGAUGCUGCGCCGUAAAGGGGGUCACAUUUACACUCAUCCUGUCCAUUAA